AACCUGCGGUGUAGCCUACCGCCCUCAACCCCCCACCCCCCAUCCUCAGCCAGACAAAUCUGUCUUUAUCAACCUUCGGCAAAACACAGAGGAAUCUGUUGAGUCAAUGACCCAAGAAACGCUGCUGGGGACAGAGAUUAGAAUGGAAGAAUGAAGCACACAAAUGCAGACCUGGAAGUGAGACUAUCAAAUGUGAAAACCUUUCGAAUGGUGAAGAAAUGAAAAGGGGGACAGGGCGUGAAAUACCAGAGGGAGGAGCGAGAUAUCUGUUGAAAAUUUUUCUUGAAACGCAUGUUGCCACUAACCAGGCUAAAUUAUGAAAAAUAAGUAAAAUACAAACUUGGAUUAGGCAACAUCAUGGAUUGGUCACAACUCCUGGAUUAACAACAUGAAAUAGCACGGACCAAGAAACGCAUUGAAGUCAGCACUCUCGUACUGAAAGGAUAACUGGGAUUUUCCUUUCUAGAGCAUUUCGAUAUCAAGUUUUGCUUGAAUUAAGCUACUCCGCUGAAAGUUACCCACCCUCUGAACUGUAAGAUUAACUCGAUGAGAAUAGAAGUAAACAUGCAUUUAGAAAGAGCAGUUUUGUUUUUCUUAUUAAUUAACUGCGUGACCAAGACAUUAUCACUGUCCUCUUGUACAACUGUGGACAUCGACAACAUUAAGAAGAAGAGAAUGGAGGCGAUCCGGGGACAGAUUCUAAGUAAAUUGCGACUUACCAGUCCACCACAGGCCCUGGGUCCAAAUCAGGUCCCAUUUCAGGUACUGGCGCUUUACAAUAGUACGAGGGAACUGAUAGAGGAAUUGGGACAGCACCGACAGCAAAGCUGUGGACAAGAUAACACGGAGACGGAAUACUACGCAAAAGAGAUAUACAAAUUCAAUAUGAUUCAAGGACUCCCAGAAAACAAUGACAUUCCCUCCUGCAAGGGAAUCACCUCCAAGGUUUUCAGAUUCAAUGUGUCCGUGAUGGAGAAAAACUCUACCAACUUGUUCCGUGCGGAGUUCCGUGCAUUGCGGGUGCCCAACUCUAGUGCUAAGAAAAAUGAACAGCGCAUCGAGUUGUACCAGAUCCUUCGGCAGGACGACCACAUUGCCAAGCAGCGCUAUAUUGGGGGCAAGAAUGUGUUGACCAAGGGGGCUCCAGAGUGGGUUUCUUUUGAUGUUACUGAAACAGUGAGGGAAUGGCUUACAAACAGAGACUCUAACCUGGGUCUGGAGAUCAGUGUGCACUGCCCAUGCCACACCUUCAACCCCAAUGGUGACAUUACUGAAAACGUCAACGAAGUGCUAGAUGUCAAGUUUAAAGGAGCAGAGGGGGACUAUGACGAGAAUAUCCGCUGGGACCUGGGGCAUCUGAAGAAGCAGAAAGAGCAGUCCCUGCCUCACCUCAUCCUUAUGAUGCUUCCACCCCAUAGGCUGGAUGCUCAGGCAUCACCACGGAGACGCAAGCGGGCGCUGGACACGAACUACUGCUUCAAUAAUUAUGAAGAAAACUGUUGUGUGAGGGAGCUCUAUAUAGAUUUCCGUCAGGACCUAGGUUGGCGUUGGAUCCAUGAACCCAAAGGCUACUAUGCAAACUUCUGCUCAGGACCUUGUCCUUACCUCCGCAGUGCUGACACCACACACAGUUCACUUUUGAGCCUGUUCAACACACUAAAUCCAGAGGCCUCAGCCUCGCCGUGCUGCGUGCCUCAGGACCUGGAGCCCCUCACCAUCCUCUACUACGUGGGCCGGACGCCCAAGGUGGAACAGCUCUCCAACAUGAUAGUGAAAUCUUGCAAGUGCAGCUGAGAUCUUUGAUCUGGGCCCCCCAAGCAGGUUCGGACCUGACCAAACAUCCAUGGUAGGACAGAGAGGGGGGGGGGGGGGGGGUGUGUAAGAGAGAGAGGUGGGGGUGUUGAAUAGAUAUAAGAGAGAAGUGUACAAAUGUGAGUUAAAAUAUAGAGGGAGAAAAAGAUGAACAAAGAGGGAAAACAGGCUUGGCUCAACCAGACUAUAUCUCAGCUUGGAAUUUGCUGGGAUAUAAUCUGGUCGCCCUCUACAGAGAGAGCUUUGUGUCUCACAUGUUCUGUUCUGUCCCACAGGUUGCUGUAUGAAAAGGGGUUUGUUUAAGUGAUAACAUAAAACUGCUUGUGUUAUUAAAUCAGUAAUGCUGGAAGACUGCAGGUCAAAGGCUGAUUCAGUUGCUCCUUGUUUAUCUCUGUGGUCUAUGACCACAGGAGAGCACACCAAGAAAAGAGAGAAGUUGACACAAAAAAAUUACCUCUAAGCAUCUUCCUAAAUUUUAAAAGCAACAUCCGAUGGCACACUUCCGUAUUUCCAUGCCUUAUAUCUUAAGUCUUCUAAAGACGCUUUCCCUUCAAUCAUGAGAUUUUCUUUGAAAAAAAAAUAGCAGUGAUUCCCAAGUUCCCAGUAAUCUGCACUGAUUGCUUAGAGAAACAAAGGAGAUCGAAAUAAAACAGAAAACAGAAUGCAAAACCACAAUGGAAAUGGAAGAAAUAAAACAAAAUAAUGCCAAUAAAGUGAUGGACAUAUUCAAUAUCUAAAAGCUUUAAGGUAUCAUUUAACAAGAAUUUAAUUUGGCUUGACGGUGUGAACAUUUAUCUUGACCACAAACUGUAAGUAAUUUUAUUAUUCUUUAAAUAGCUUUUAAGACCAGGACAACAAUGUUGAAUAUAUUGUAUUUUCUGUCUGUUAAAACUCAGCUUGUAGCUGAACCCUUUCUGCAGUACAACCUGUUGAAACUGGUCUGAGCGGUAAUGGACAAACCAUCCAAGUGCAAAGGUCAGUUAAUGGAAGAUUUGUGGUGCAUAGAUUUUGUAUUGCUCACAUGCCCAUAAUGGUACGGAUAAAACAGGUCUCAUACUGUAAGUGUUGAGAACCAUUUCAUUGUUUUCUUUUGAGUUGUCUUUGACAACAGGCGGCAUUGAAAGAACAGAAACAACUAGUUUAUUCUACAAACAUCCUUGAUUAUCCUUUACUGACAAUAAGAAAUAGUAAGGAUGGGCUAAUGAAUAGCAAAUCUUCAGCAUUUUUACAUAGAUAACCCCAUGUAGUCUAUUACAACUGUAUAAUGCUCUGAAAACUAUAUUUGAGUUGUGAACUUAUUUCAUUAGUUAUGAUGGCAAAUUGGAAAGACAUGAGCAAUUAAUUGAUUCAAUUAAUUUGUGCUAGAUACAAAUUUCAAUAAUGCCCAUCCAAGGAAGGAAUUACUACUCUACAUGUGAAGAUACAAAACUUUGUAACACAAAAUUCUGUCUUAAAACAUCCUCUAUUUCAUUCAGUCAGUUGAAAAAUUAUGUCAGGAAUUAUACUUCCUCGUUGUACAUUUAUUGAAGAGCAGAGAUGCACAUUGAAAGCAAAUACGUAUCAACCAACAACAUUUUAAUCUCGAUAAAAGUGGUAUUGCUUUUCUGUUGAGGAUGUGCUUUGUGGGUAACCAUUAAUAUUAAUAUGCAGACAUGAAUAAAAUCCAUGUUAAAUAAAUGGCAGAUAAAUAUGUCUGUGCCUUACUUCAUUUUUUGGGAGCACAUAACAAAGAGGAAAACAGUGAUUUUAUUACAUAUUCUUUCUUAAAUAAAAUGAACUGUCAAGCACAGGUCCUCUUGGAUUGUUUGCCUUGUAUGCAUUAAGCUUGCCAUGUUAUUUUACCUCUAACUGUAAGUUUGCUUUUUUCUAUGUGUAUGCCAAGUGUAACAUGGUAAUUUGUAACAUUUCUGUCAGUGUUCUAAUUGUAAUGUGAUAUCUUACUCGUACUGUUGAGAAGCCAGCAUAUUAACAGCGUAGUUUAUCACAGUAGAUACGGUGAACACAAAUAUAAAUGCAACGUGUCAAGUUUUGGUCCCAUAUUUUCAAUUAUAAAAGGUAUUGUAUUUGUGUAUGCUCACAACAAACGUAUUUUAAUCUGUCUGUGCCCAAAGCUGCAUUUGUAGCUAUAGUAACCAGUAUGCAAAAUACCGGGUGUCAAUCAGGAAGGUCUCAUUAACAGCCGGAUCCAACAUCACCCAACACCUCGUCCUCCUCUGUAAUAUCCACAUUAUGAGCCAACUGGUUUAGCACUGCUGCAUAAACAGCACAAUAACUUUGUCUUUCCAUGCCGAGAGGAGCAAUAAAUUAUCAUAUGCUAGGGAAGGUCUGAGGGCUGAAUAUGACAUUCACAUUAGAUUUGUGCUGUAAGGUAACAUAAUAACUAUUGUAUCUAACAGAAAGGAUCACAAAGGGCUUUGGUGGAUGUUGUGAUUUGCACUGUUGGCUUAUCUUCACAUGCCACUGGGAAGCACGGCAGAGUAACCUAAUGAGAGAUCAGUUUAUUGUUCACAGAAAGCAUUGUUUACUCCAAAUCACAGACUGAUUUUUUGAACUGUGGAAUUCGGUAAAAUAUGAUUGUGAUGGUUGUGUCAUGUUGCAUUCAUAUUUUUGUUCUAUAUUACACCUUGUUCAGUUAAAGCUCCUGUGAUGGGUUAUCCCUACUAAUGAAAUUAGCAAUAAAUCAAGAAGGCAAUUAAACCCCAACUUUCCCAUUUGUGAGAUGUAAAAAUGUAUUUUUCUGAGGUAAGCCAGUUGAAGGUACAUGUCAGUACUAGCUUCAAUUAAAUGGAUUAUAUUUCUUCAUACAA